GAUUUCGCUACCUACUCUUUCGUGACGGGAAAACAGCUUGUUUGUCAAACGACCAGCGGUGGCAGUGAGACAAUUAUUUGUCGGGGUUUUGUUCAAUUUCCUUAAAUUCAAAAGGAGAUAAUUUCCAUUCUUUAAGUGCCAUGCCUGGCUGAUCGUGAAGUUGUCUAAAUAUAGUCUACUCCAAGCGCAAAACCGGUUCUGAAAAGAUUUGCAUAGCGUGUCAUAUUUACGGUCGGACCCUUUUGCAUAACAAUACCUGGAAAGGAUUAACAAUAUAUUCGGCGUUUAAAGACUUACAGACACAACAGGAACAGAAAGUUUGACAAAUGGUUCCAGAUUGGUGCUCCGCGUAAACACAGAUCAACAAAAUGGUCAUUCAACGGGAGGAACAGGUGCUCGUUCGGAAACGGGUUCUGUACAUCGGAAGCUCCGUCCCCAUGGAGACUACAGAGGGUCUGGAGGCCGUUCAGCAGCCCCUUCGUGACAGAUAUCCAGUCGGCGACAACGCCCAAAUCCAGGGUAUCGACACAUGGAUUAGUAUUUUGCCAUCUGGAUUACAAAUUCAAUACGUUAAAGACUCGAACACUGUUAUACUGUUUCCUAUAUAUGCCUUGACAUUAUGUGCAGGAGUCCGACAGGUGCGCUCCGUUAAUGGUGCAACGGGAGAGAUGACGUCAAAAUUUGUUUCGCUAACGUCACAACAGGCAAAUGGUUCGUAUACCAAGAAUCCUGCCGUCUUCACAGCAAUUACUCGCAGGACAAAGGGGAAAAAAGUGUUGGAAUGCCAUGGUUUCUUAUGUGCAAGUGAUCAAGAUGCUUUGGAAUUAGUGAAAGCAACCAAGUUUGUUGAUGCUAAACACAAGCAAUCAGGAAACAAAAGCAACCGUAACUCGUUUGUAGCGCCGUCUCAAACACAAAUUCCACAAAGUACCCGAAUUGAACCGGCUAUCAACGGAGGUAUUCCAAACGGGAUUAAUGGAAAUGGUAGUGUCAGAAAAACUGAUUUUGGUGCACCAGGACAGGGUGAAGUGCGUCUUCAAAGCGGCGAAGCGGUUGAAAAUGUCAGAGAUGCUGCUCCGGAAUUCUACGACCCAGUCCCAACCCAGGGAUACUUCUACAGCGGUACUAAUACUGAGGUAAAAAAAUACAACCUCGAAAAAAUAGGUGAAAAAGCUUACUCUGACAUUGGACCUUCAAGAACACCUCGCCCGAUGCCCCAGCGUCCACAGCACCCUACUAUUUCGGGGCGAGGUGGACCUGUGCCACCACCAAUGGUCAUCCCUGGUCCUCGUAUUAGGGGUCCACCUGGGAGACCCCCCGUUAUGAUGCCAAGUCGACCCAUGAUGGUCGGUCCCAGACCAAGAUUCUUUUCACCACCGCCUCUGAUGCGGAGACCAAUGUAUGGUCCUCCACCACAAAUGCGCAUGCCACCCGGAGCAAUGAUGUAUGGUCCACCACCGCCGCCUAUAUAUGUCAGGAGACCGAAACAACGUCAGCGAUCCGGAAGUCGAUCUAGCUCUUCAUCCCGAAAGUCCAACGCUGAAAAAGAACCAGAUGAAACUGCCCCUAAGAAAAUGGCAAAUGGGGAUUCGGAUUCCGGUAGUGAUAUUUCUGGAUAUAGACCACCCACUCCACCCCGCGAUUAUGAGAUGAAUCUCGAGGACAAGAAACGGGAGCGUUUGAGUAGACGUGAUAUGCACGACCGCAGACAUCGUCGUAGUCGAUCUCCUGACAACCAAAGUCCGCCUAGAAUGAUGUAUCAAGGAUAUCCACCAACCCCUUAUAUCCAUCCCGUGUACGGUCCCAUUUAUCCAACACCCUUUGGCUAUGGGAGGUCAAGGUCAGUCCCACCUCCGAUGCGAUAUCCUACUAACGUGAAACCAAAGAAAAAGGGGAAAAAGAGCAAGAAGAAAAAUCGCGAUCACGGCCCUCCCAUGGAAAAUGGAAUGACGGGUUACAAUUCUGAAGUACCCAUUGGCGCCUACCCACCACCUGGAGAAUUUGAUUCUCAGCUUCGUAGGCCACGCGACUUCCGGCGAGAGGAGAACCAGUUUUUGAAUGAAAAGUCGUUUUCUAAGAGUAUGCAACAGCAGCAUCGUGCAUCUAAAGGCAGGUCAGGCGAAGACUACUACCCUUCAGCAUAUGAACUGAACACCGCGCUGAAUGAGGACACACGUCAACUGGAGUCGGAAUUCAUUUACUAAUUCGUGUUUUUGGUGAUAUUAAAGUGAAGUUUUAUAGCAUGGAUAUAUUAAACAAAACACGAUACUGCUAGCAUUAUCAUUCAAAUCAGUUUUGUAUAAAGUUCAUAUUUUAUUUUAUUGACACUUUAUUUUGUGCAAUGUCGUUAUGCUUCAGUUGUGCCCCGAUUAUGGCUGAAUUCUUUCUGGUAUCAAGAUAAUGUUUGGUUUUUUUUAUUUUUUAUUUCUGAUGUCGCAAUUUCAAGUGUGGAAUUUUUUGACAUUAGAUUAACUGGGGAGGGAUAUUGAAUGUCUACACUCUUUUAACAGCAAGCGGUCUUUGUUCAUGUUUUAAAUGUAGUGCCUUGAGUCAUUUAUCACCCAUCUCUGCCAUCGAGCGUGUGUAUAUACAUCGCAUAGUUGUGUGUGUGAUAUUUUUACAACACAUGCCAUACUUUGAAAGCAUUCUUGAAGCAUUGUAUCAAAUAAUCAUUCCAUAUCUUGUUAAAUUGUUAUUCAUCCAAAUCUUGGAAGUUCUCUAUAUGUCUAUAAGCUGUGUAAGUUUAUCCAAUCACUGUUUUAAUGUAUACAGACGCAAAGUGAAUUUAUGUACAUACCAGUGUUUUCAUUAUAUUCGACCUGAUGUAUGCUAAUUAAUUUUAUAGAGUGGCUUACUUCUAAUGCUCCACGAUAUAUAACUGAGACAGUUGUCACUAAAGACUUGAGAUUUUGCGAGGCCAUUUACCUCAACUAGAACAAUUCGUUACAGUGACAUUAUAUUACACAAUUCUGAGUAAUGAUAUUACACCGAUAUCAAAUAGUUGUAUAUCUGAACAGACUGUGAGUUACAAGCCAUAUAGACAUAUAGUUAUAGGAUUAUAGCAGAUGUCAUUAAAUGAUGUACAUACAGCAAUUUUUCCUUGUGCUUUUUGUAUAGAACACAAUGAUAAAUGUAGUUAUCCGGCGUUC